AUGCAAGGAUUCUUACGCCUUCCUACAGGUCCAAUAACAAUUGAUGAAUGUUCACCUGACGGCCGCUUCAUCCAGUUGGCAAAUACGUCGAAAGAUAAACAUGCUGAUCUCUCUAGCUGGUAUCUGAUACGUAAAGUCGAUGCUCAGGAUGGCAUAAUAUAUCGGUUUCCAUCGGAAUUUACAUUAUAUCGUGGUCAGACGGUUCGUAUAUUCACUCGAUCAUCACAAAACGAGCGAACGGGUAAUGACCUUGUCAAUUUGGAAGCUGACUCAUGGGGCUUGGGAUUAUAUAUUAUCACACGACUGAUCUCCGACAAUGAUGAAGAGCGCGCAACACAUAUUCAAAGUACGGCGUAUCCAACCAGUCGUUAG